CCUUCCGGAGGGCUGCGGUAGGGAGCGGCCCGGCCCCUCCAGCAGCCGCACGCUCCCGGCGACCCACGUUGGGAGGAUGAGCAGCAAAGAAGAGCCGAGCAAGUGCUGUCCGGCGGCUGCUCCCAUCUCCAGUUUCACCAUCCAGUCCAUCCUGGGCAGCGGCAGCGCCGAUCCCCCCCGGGAAGCCGCAGACAGGGCGCCCGCCUGGCCCGCCCGCGCCCGGACCCUCUCCCUGUCUUCGGAGGACGAGGAGCCGGAGGAGAGCUGGAAGCACCGCGGCUGCUUCUGCCCCGAGGCUCAGGGCCCCGCCGAGGCGUGCCACAAGCACCAGCCCCUCAGCUUCACCUGUCUCGGCAGCGCCAAGGGGAGCGGAGCGGCGGCGGCGGGCAGCGGGGAGCGGGGGCCUUUCCUCUCGCCCCCCCAGCAGGACUGUAAGGACGAGAAGGAGAAGCCGCUGGGACCCUCCUCGCCUUCCUGCGGGGAGCGGCAGCGCGACGGCGGGGACCGGCAGGCCGGCGCCGCCAAGAAGAAGACGCGCACGGUGUUCAGCCGCUCGCAGGUCUAUCAGCUGGAGUCCACCUUCGACAUGAAGCGCUACCUGAGCAGCUCGGAGCGGGCCUGCCUGGCCUCCAGCCUGCAGCUCACCGAGACCCAGGUGAAGACCUGGUUCCAGAACCGCAGGAACAAAUGGAAACGGCAGCUCUCGGCCGAGCUGGAGGCGGCCAACAUGGCCCACGCCUCGGCGCAGACUCUGGUGGGGAUGCCGCUGGUGUUCAGAGACAAUUCCCUCCUGCGAGUGCCGGUGCCCCGGUCCAUCGCCUUCCCCGCCCCUCUCUACUACCCCGGCAGCAACCUCUCGGCCUUACCGCUCUACAACCUCUACAACAAGAUCGACUACUGAGCCCCGCGCCCCCCGCCCCGUCGGGACCCGCAGCGGGAGCGGGGCCGGGGCCGCCGCGGGGGCUCCGUGCGGGCUCUCGGGCCGCCCCCAUGGAGGGGACCCAGCACCGAGACUGAUGGCAGGCACGGGCAAACGGAGAGCCCGGGGCGCCGGGGGCACCCCCGCUCUCCCCUCCUGCCGUCCCGUCACUUGAAAAGAAAAAAAAAAAAUUAAUUAAAAAAGCGUUAUUUCAGAUCUGUAAAUAUUUUUAAAGAAAGUAAGAAAGAAAAAAAAAAUUAAAGCGUUUUAAGCCUCGUUUGUAAAUUUGCCACCUCGGUCGCGUGUCCCCACGCGAGGGGGACCCCGGCACCGGGGGUGCCCCGCAGCCGGGCCGGGAAGGGCCCAGGAUCCGGGAUCGAUGCACGGCAGAGCCAAAACGACUCGUAACGCCGAGGGUUUGGUUUUUUCCGGAAUUUUUGCUCCUUAUCUCGUUUCCUGCCGGGAAUCCCAGCCGAGCCCGACCGUGCCGGGGCCGGCGGGGGCUCGCUGCCCUUCUCUCGGCGGGAGAUGAGGGGCAUUUCCCGAAAAGUUU